UUUGUAAAGGAGUCCUACCGGCCAUAUUGGCAGAUGGUGGGAUAGAGCAGCGGGAGCGCGGUUGUUGUGUGCCGACUGUUGGCGGUACCCGCCAAAGAUAUAAUCUUUGGUACCCGCUGCCUGUCGCAUUGCCCUGUUUCCCGUGUAUUUCUGGCCUUCAGCCGGAGUUGGCUGUGAGUCAAGGCAGCUGCUGAUCGACGCAGAAGCCGCCUAUCAUGGAGGCGGAAAUAGCGAGGCUGAGGGAUGAAUUGGCCAAGAAGGAGCAGGAGGUGGAGAGGCUGAAGGCAGCGGCCGCCCGUCUGCAUCAGAAUUCUCAUUCUGGAAAUGUGUUUACAUUAGUUAAGCAAGUUACAGAAAUCCCCAUUCUGGAAGAAAAGUCUCUCUCAAACGAAGAGAUCAUGAGGUACAGCAGACAGCUUAUCAUUCCAGAAAUUGGAGUCAAAGGUCAACGAAACCUGUCCCAGAAAGCUGUUCUGAUAGUGGGAUGUGGGGGGCUGGGCUGCCCUGCUGCACAGUACUUGGCAGCUGCAGGCAUCGGGCGAUUGGGACUUCUUGAUUAUGAUGAUGUGGAGCCCAGUAACCUACAGAGACAGGUUCUCCAUGCAGAGGAUAAGGUGGGAAUGUCCAAAGCAUUGUCUGCGGCAAUUGCGAUAAAUCGAUUAAAUUCAAAUGUUGAAUGUCUACCAUAUCACUUUCAAUUGAACUUCAAGAAUGCAACGCAGCUUAUUCAGCAAUAUGACAUUGUAGUUGAUUGUUCUGACAAUGUUCCUACGCGGUAUCUUGUCAACGAUGCCUGUGUUCUGAAUGGGAAGCCACUUGUAUCAGCCAGUGCUCUCAGAAUGGAGGGACAGCUCACUGUAUAUAAUUACAAUGGUGGCCCCUGUUACCGAUGUCUGUAUCCAAAACCACCACCACCAGAGACUGUAACCAACUGUUCAGAUGGAGGAGUGUUGGGUGUAGUGCCUGGAAUUCUGGGCUGUAUACAGGCCCUGGAGGUUCUGAAGAUUGCAUCGGGAAUAGGACCAUCUUACAGCCAACAGAUGUUGGUAUUUGAUGCUCUUGAAGCUCGAUUUCGCACCAUUAAGCUUCGACAAAAGCAGCCGACGUGUGCAGUGUGCAGCGAGAAUCCGACAGUUAAGGAUUUGAUCGACUAUGAGAGGUUCUGUGGCUCUGCAGCAACAGAUCAGUGUCAAACCCUUCAUUUGUUAACUGGAGAGCAAAGAAUAACUGUACAAGAAUAUAAGAGUCUUUUAGAUGAAGAUAUUCCUCAUGUCUUGGUGGAUGUUCGGCCACCGGUGGAGGUUGACAUUUGCCACCUACCUAACUCUAUUUAUAUUCCAUUGACUGAAUUGGAGGAAAAGACUGUUGAAUACAUGAAGCAUUUACAGAAUAACAUCAAUGAGAGGCGAUGUAAAGCAGACAGUGAUAAGGUCACCUUCCCAGUAUAUGUUAUCUGUAAACAAGGCAAUGAUUCACAGAAGGCAGUCAAGAUCCUGCAGAAGAUGCUAAACAACGAACUCUGCUCAUUAUCAGUGAAGGAUAUUCGGGGUGGAUUAAUGACCUGGGCUCGUAUGAUUGACCCAACCUUCCCACAGUAUUGAUUGCAUGUAAACCAAUUUUCAAAAGUAGAUCCUAAAGUAUAGUUAUCUUUGAAUGUACUGCAAAUUAUUUGUAUGUGUGGAAUAGUAUGUUGGAAUUACUCUGUAAUUGGAAAGAAAACUUAAAACUGUUUAAGUACAAAUGUUAACAAUUAAGACCAGGUUAUGAGAUUGCUAAGUUCUGUUGCAUAUAUUUGAACUGCUUAAUAAGAGAACAAUCAACUAGUAACUAAAUACCACUACAUGGAAA